CACCCCUCCAGUUCGUUCGCCAGUUCCGGUCACGUUGCUGGGUGUUUACGCCUCGAGCCCGCCCCGGCCCCCCUUCGGCGCCCCCCGAACCCCCCGGAGCCCCUGCCCGACUGCCCCGCAGCCUCCCAGCAGCUGAUGGCGCCGCAGCCGGGGCGGGAGCUGCGGAACCCGGGGCGCAGCUAGCGCGGGGGGGAAGAGCGCCGCCCCCACCCAGCCCGGCCCCGACCCCGGGCCCCGCCGGCCGGUGGCUCCCAGGUCCCGAAGGUGGGGCCAGGCCUGGGUUGCCAUGGAUACCGUGUCCCUGCAGCAUCAGAUCCAGAGCGUGCAACGCCACAUCAGCUUCUUGAAAAAGGAGCAGAUGGCCCUACUGCGAGACCUGCACCUGGAGAUCCUGAGGCUGCAGAAACGCUGCUCAGAACUGACGCAUGACCUGGAAAUGAGAGGGGUCCAAUCUCACCAGCAAGAGGCGGCAUCCCGGGAGUUGGAGAGCAAGUGCCGCGCCCUGGAGUCGCAGCUGGAGGCGCGGGCCGCGGCCAACGCGGAGCUACGGCGGGAGGUGGCGCAGCGCGAGGCGCUGGUAUCCGCGCUGCGCUGCAGCCUCCGCACCGAGGAGCGCCGCUUCCUGGAGGAGCUGCGCCGCCGCAGCCACCGCGCCACCGUGCUGGGCACCGAGCUGCAGAAGCACACCGAGACGGCCGCCUACCUCUCCUGCCAGCUGCACGCGGCGCGCCAGAGACUGCAGGCCCCGCGCCCGGGCCCCGGCGCCGCCGCCGCCGCCGAACCCCGGCCCCGCCGCCGCGCACCGCGGGCCCGCCGCCCCCCCGCCGCCCACGAGGCCGCCGCCAAGGGCCCCGGCCGGGAUUGGGCCGCCUGGGACCGCGGGGCCUGCGCCCUGGACGACGCCGACCCCAUGCCCGAUCCCGCGGUCUUCCUCUACGCCCGGAGGCCGCUGCGGCCCAGCGGUCGCAGCCUGCGCCAGCCGCCUCCCCAGGAGCCCCCGGACCGAGCCGGCCCGCAGCAUCCCGCGCCUAGCGCGCAGGGGGACCCGGAGUAGGCCCAGGGUGACGCGGAGCGCACGGGGAGGGUCGGCCAGGGACGCAGCUCGGGCCGUGCAUAUAGGUCCCGGGGGCCGAGGGCGGCUGCCCCUCCUCCAGGAAGCGAGUAGCUGCGGCCUCGGCUCCCCCACCCCUCCAACCGCCAGCCUUUUGUACUUCCCGACGUUUCCAAAGCUUCCAGCGUUCUCCUCCCGCGAGAUUCCUCCACGGGGCCGAGCGGCGACACCUUCUUUUCGGGGAGGCCUCGCAGCCCGGAUCCUCACCCAGUCCCGGCCGCCGGCCACACGGGAGGGGCGAGGACACGCCCGGCCCCGGGAAAGCCGACAGUCCGUGGUGGGGUGGGAGGGCCGGGCUGGCCUGCGGAGUGGCAGCGGUACCCCCGGCCUCCCCACCCCGGCGCCGACGCCCUUCCCGCUCAGCCUCCUUCCUCCCAGGAGAGGCUUAGGUUCGGGUCUGUCCUUUUACCCCUACCCCGAACCUGCCGACAGGUCCUUGCAGGCGAGCACGGAACACUUUAGAAGAUGCGCCUUCCCAGAGCCCCUGGUGGGGAAGGUGCGCCUGCUCGAAGUUGAACUUCUGGAAGGUCGCAUCCGUGUGCCCUGGGAGAGGAUUACAGAAGCGGCCAGGUGGCCGGACUUGGUCUAGAGCCGUCUCCAGCGCAGCUCUUCCCGAGUCCGCCACGCUGGGCACGCGGGGACUGGGAGCUGCUCUGGGGAAGGGAGGUGACGGAGAGGCAAGCUGCGGGCCAGGCUUCCGGAAGGCAGGAACUGUUUUCCCCUCAGGGGGUAGCCCCAGGUUUUCCUAGUCCUGUUUAUUGGUGCUAAUUUUGCUCGGCUUCCUAAUCAGCUGGUUGCACCCAGAGGCAAGAAGAAGGAGGCCUUGGCCGGGCACGGUGGCUCACGUCUGUAAUCCCAGCACCUUGGGAGGCUGCGACGGGCGGAUCACCGGAGGUCACGAGUUCGAGACCAGCCUGGCCAACUUGGUGAAACCCCGUCUCUACUAAAAAUACAAAAAGCUGGGCGUGUUGGUGCGUGCCUGUAAUCCCAGCUACUUGAGAAGUGGAAGCAGGAGAAUCGCUGGAACCUGGAAGGUGGAGGUUGCAGUUAGCCGAGAUCGCGCCAUUACACUCCAGCCUGGGCUACAAGAGCAAAACUCCAUCUCAAAAAAAGGAAAAAAGAAGGGCCUGGCUUCUUGGAAGUGGCAGCUACUGAUAGAAGUUUGGGUUUGGGUUUGCUGGGGGGCAUGGUGGGAGCACAGGUGAGUCCCCACCCGGGACCCCGUCCGGAGAUGCCCCUGAACCUGUCAGAAUCUGGAAGUGGUGGGAUGCGCAGUUCCCCAUGUCGAAUGGUGGAAAGGGGAACGCCCCACUUCCUAGCCCUUUCUCCUAAGCUCCCCAGCCACUACCAAAGGCAGGAGGGGCAGUUCAGCGCAGCUUGUUGCCCCCACCCGCAGUCCAGCCUAGAAGGAAGCACACCCCUGGAGCCCCAUGCCAUCCCUCCUGUGUGGGUCCUGCCUGAAGUCCUAAGUGCCUGUGAGGUCUUCCAGGGGCUUCAAGGGGAGGACAUGGGGCAGGGAGAGGCCUUUACCUCCCUCAUAGACACCCCUUUCCUGACAGUUCCUGACCUUGGCUGAUGCCACACAUUCCGUGUUACCCAGGGGUCUGGGAGGUGAGCAGAGUCAAGCUCUAGGGUUACAAGCUCUUCUCCCAACAUGGCCCCAUGAAGACGGAGGAAUCCCCGACCACACCCCCUUUCCUUCCAUUUGUUAGAGGGAGGGGAAAUUGGCAAGAAGUAGCAACCAGUGAGCGAGCACACUCAGCCAAUCAGUGUGCAGCCCUCCCCGCUGCCCCCUCCUGGGACUACCCAGACCACUGAGCAAUAACCAGGCCUGGUCUGUGGGUCUCCAGCUCCUGGGAUCCAGACGGCUCAGGUUGGGGCACCCUUGGAACAGUGCUCUCCAGUCUCAUGUGGGCCAAGAAGGUGGCUUGGGGUCCUUGCUCUGCCUGCCCCCACCUCUCCUCCAACAGUCCUGUGGUUGUGCCUGUGCCAUCUCUGUCCCCCCUCAAGUAUAUGUAACUCAUUGCAUUUCUAUUCUUUCUGAACCUGUCUGUGUAUGAGGGCCUCACUCCUCUCUCAGAGGUGUCCAGAGGACUGUGGGAAGGAGGGCAAGAGCCUCUUUCCAGAGGACCCACACACCCUCAUCUCCCACAACCACACUUUUGGGGUGAACAGGGUGACUUCCUUAGGUCAAUUCUUCUGCAGAGAUGGUAAAGUACUUUAUCUGCCCACCCACCCACUAAAAGCCAUAGCUCCUUUUGCCUGGCCUCCUCCCAGCUCUAUAGCAAUAGCCCCCUUCCCCCUUCCCUUCUGGGCCUCCAGUGUGUCCAGCUCUGGCCCCAGGGAUCUUCCAGUGGCCUGCCUGCCUCUCCCGAAGUGAUUCCAUCAGUGCUACCCAACAACCGUCCCUCUUCUAGCAACCACAGAUAAUGACGGUUGUUUGUGGGGGCUUGGAGAUCCCCUAGAUGAAAAGUUCUGAGUCUGGAGCAGCUGACUCACUGACUCUCAGCUGAGGUGCUGAAGGUGCCUGGGGCAAGCUGGGGGAGAACCCAUGGCAGAUGCAGGAUUCUAGUUUUCACAGAAAUUCCCCCCUUGCCCUCCUGAAAAUAAUGGAAACUUCCCUCCACCCGCCUGCACAGAACCCUCCGUGCAGCAGAAUAAGACUAGGAGCUGGAGUCAUUGGCCUGCUCUUGGCCGCUGCCCAAAACUCCUCAGCCUCAGCCCGGAGAGGCCACCCUCCCUGGAUUUGGCCUAGGGAAGCCUCCCACCCCCACGCCCCCCAGCUGCUGGAAUGUCUGGGUGACUAAGAAGGGAAAGGACUAUAUCUCUCCUCUGCUGCACGAAUCCCCACUGGGAGAGAGGGAGUGUUGAAGAUGACACUCAGGGUCCCUAGGUGGAGCUCCUGCCACACCCCAAGUGUGGACAGAUCCAGGACGCAGAGCUUCUGGUGGGGACCUCCCCCUGCUCUGGAACUCGGCCAGGGCGCAAUGGGCUAUGCUGUCAGAGGCUCUGUACCUCAGCCCAGCCACCUCACCCUGCAGCUUGGGGGACUAGUCCAGGGCCAAAGUGGGGUAGCCCUUCCCCAUAUAAGCAGCAGGAUGGAGUUCUCCCUGGUGGAGAGAGGGAGGAGGCCUAGAGGGUGAGGGGCAGCUUCUCAGUGUGGGGAGGGGGUUCUCCAAGCAACUUCUCCAGGACACACCAGCCUUGAAUGGGGGACGUGCAGGGCUUCAAAACCACCUGGCAGGCGCCCUGUGGACAGGGUAGAGGGGCCUGCUCCAAAUUCUCUGUUGGCUGCGCUUUUGAAUCCAGUGCUUUUCAGACUGUACUCAUUCACCCACAGAAGUAGAGUCCUGUGCUUUAGGGUGACUGUCAUAUGCCUUAUUCUUAAUAAAAUCUCUGAAAAACAUGAA